AUGAUUUCAAACCGGGCCACCGCGCAGCAGCAGCCAACGAAUGUGGCGAACGAUUUAGCGACAGCUCCUUCCGAGCCUGCUUUCCAGCUUCGGGGAUCAGCGGCAGUAGGCGAGACCCGGGCCGCGUCUGGUGACGGAAGCGAGGCGAUUAAAGACCUAUCGGGUCCGCCGGUCCUGUGCUGGGAGCGCGUGGGUGGAUCCACUAAGGCGUAUGUAGCGAAUGAUAGCGGCGGCGGAGCGGAUGGCGCGGAGGGGGCGGGGAGGGGGCGCAAUGGGCGGCGGAGAAAGCCGUUCUUUAUCCAGGACGUGGGAGAGCGCGCGGAUGCGGUUAUGGAGCUGACCGACUUUUUCAAGACAAAUUUUCUGCCAGAGGGGUUUCCGGACAGCGUGGCACCGUCCUUCGUGCCGUACAUGCGGUGGCGCGCCUUGCAGUAUUUCUUCGGCGGCGCGAUGGGCGUCUUCACCACGCGCUCGCUGCUGCACGCCUUGGGAGUGUCGCGCGGCGCGGGCGGCGGCGGCGCGGCGGCGAGCGCGCUGGCGGUGAACUGGGUGCUCAAGGACGGCGCGGGGCGGCUCGGGAAGAUGCUGUUCGCGCGCCACGGGAAGCGGUUUGACUGCGACCUGAAACAGAUGCGCUUCCUGAGCAACAUGCUGCUUGACUUCGGCUGCUGUGUGGAGCUCUGCACCAUGGCCGCCCCCAAGUUCUUCCUCCCACUUGCUUGUGUCGCCAACGUAUUCAAGAACAUCGGAGCGGUGACCAACACGUCUACCCGUGCGCCCAUCUACAAGGCGUUUGCGCGGCGGGAGAACAUUGGAGACAUCACAGCCAAAGGGGAGAGCAUCAGUAACCUCGCUGACCUGAUGGGCACAGGAGCCGGCAUUCUCAUUGCAAGAAGCAACCCUCACCUUGCCGCCACCUUCGCUCUUCUCUCCUGUGGCUACCUCUUUGCAUCGUUCAAUGAGGUCAAGUCCGUUCAAGUACCCACUCUCAACCGCGCUCGCUUCGCCGUGGCAGUGCGCUCCUUCCUGGAAACGGGGCAGGUGCCCUCCCUAGCAGAGGCCAACGCCAGGGAGCGCAUCCUUGUGCUGCCGUGGGCCGUGGACCGGCCUUUGGAGCUGGGAGCACGAGUGGCAGACGCUUUUAGGAGCCCCUCUGACCUGUUAGCAUCACAGGCGAUUUUCAAGGACGAGCAGUACAUUGUGACGUACCUUCCAAGCCACCGGAGGGCGUAUGUCGUCCUCAAGGAAGGAGCCAAAUCAAGGGACGUUGUGCGGGCGGCCUUCCAGACGCACGUGCUGCUGCACCUGCUGCACCAAUGGCGGCAGGACACCUGUCAGCAGCCCCUGCUGACUCACCACCUUUCUCCUGAAAACUCUCCCAAAGACCAAAAUCCUGCCAGCUUCAGCCCAGCACCCCUCACCCCUGCAGCCUUCAGCCCAGCAGCCCUCACCCCUGCAGCCUUCACUCCAACAGCCCUCUCCCCAACCGCUCUCACCAGCAGCAGCUCUCCAGGUCGGUGGGCCCCCAAGGAAGUCAGUCCCAAGCGGCCCCGAGCAUGGCAAAAGUCCCUUACAUCUGCAGAGGUGGAGCGGGCAGUGUCUGAGAGCCUAGGGCUCACCUGCACCCUGUUUGGGACGUUUGAGGAGAGAGCUGCGGCUGAGGGAUGGACCAUGGCAGAUUCGUUGCUCAACCCUGGGAAGGCCCGCGUGCUGUGUGGUCCUCCGACUGCACGUAUGCUGCAUACUGCUGCUGCUCCUUCUGUGACAGCUGCUGCUGCUACUGUUGCUGGUGGCGGGGUUGCCUCUGCUGAUGGGUCUGCUGCGCUCACUCCCCCCCCGCUCUCUUCCUCUGGCCGGGUUGCACUGAAGCCCUUCGCGGGUGCUGCUGCUUAG